AUGUAUCCCCACUACGACUACUCUAAUGGACCUCCUCCACCUAAUAUGACUCAAUAUCUUCUUGGAGUUGGUCCUCUUCCUCCUCCUCCAGCCCCCCAGCAGCAAGCAGUUGCACAGAUAAACCAAGUCUUGGACAGAGGAGCUUUCAAUGGAACUCAGCUGAUCAUCAGUGUAGGCAACAUUCCGGGUUCCAUGAUCAAAGUUGACAUCCCUCAGAAGCAACUGGCAGGUUCUUCGAGGUCAGGACAAAAGUCAAAACAUGUUUAUGUCACAUCCAUGAUGGAGCUGGAAUCUGGAGAAGACAUUGAGCUUGGAUGGCAAAGUUCUCGGUGUGCUACACCCUUUAGCAUGGUCAUCAAGAAUACAACUCCAAACAUUGAGAAAGAAGUCUCCAAAAAGCCACUUCAAACCACUGACACUUCUUAUGGCAACAAGCUAACAAAAUUGAAGGAAAGACUCCAUUGCAUGCAACACUCUGGUCAUAAUAGCUGGCGAUGUGAUGAAUACUAUGCAGGACAACAUGUAAAUCUUGGCAUUGAAGAGAUAACUUUAUGGGCACGCAAAUGGCAUGAUGGAGAGUCAGAUGGUCCCCUACAUCCACCAUCUGUUCUCAACCUCGAUGACCUUGUAGAGAAACAAGCCACACAACAGGCCUGUUCCAUCAAGCAUAACCAAGAACCAUCUGGACAGCUAAUUCACAUCCAUUUGGACAGCUCUCUCCAAGACACUGCCAAAUCCAGCUCAAAUACUCCCACUAAGUUGAAAUUGCUUUUUUUGAAAGUCCAGGAUAUCCAACAAAUGAUUUAUUCCAAUGGACCAAUUGCAAUGUUGGAAGUGUUCUUCUUGACAAUUGUAUGA